AGACGUUUUACUUUGUUGAGAGAAUGUAGAAACAUUGAUUUUACACGUUUUAGUGUUGUUUUUCUGAGAUUAUUUACUUUGUUUAUGAAGAUUUAAGCCAAAAGCCGUGUAACUGUCACAGGAUGGCAGGUACGGCGGAUAAUGUAUCGAUCUCCGAGCUGAAGGCGGAGAUCGAGAGGUUGAGCCGUGAGCUCGACCAGGCGAGCAGCGAGAAGAUCCAGUCGGCACAGCUGGGUCUAGUGCUCCUGGAGGAAAAGAGCUCGCUGCAGCUGCGAUGCGAUGAGCUUGAGAGCCUGUAUGAAAACACGAAGCAUGAGUUGGACAUCACGCAGGAGGCGUUGAUGAAACUUGACUCAACACAAAAAGUAACUACCCAGAGCGGUAUAGACCAGGAAAAUGCUCUCCUCAAUGAGUCGGCUGCUAUGGAGAGCUCCCUUACACUACAGAUUAUUGAACUUGAAGGAGAAACUAAACAGUUAAGACACGAGCUGGAGCGCGUGAUCAGCGAACGAGAUCGACUAUUAGCAGAGAGUUCUGAACUGGGCGCAGACAAAGCAACUCGGGAAUCAGAAAGGGCAGCCCUUCGAGCGGAACUGAGGGAGGCGAGACAAAGGGAACAACGCCUCCUGCUGGAUAUCGGGGAUUUAGAAGACGAGAAUAUAUCAUUGCAAAAGCAAGUCUCGGCCCUAAGGUCCUCACAGGUUGAAUUUGAAGGUCUAAAGCAUGAAGUGCGGCAACUCCGCGAAGAGGCGGAAAAUGCGCGAGCGGCAGCCGACGAGACCGCAGCGCUGCGACGCAUUGCUGAGAGACAGCUCGCCGAAGCGCUUGAAGCGCUGCAAGCGGAGCGCGAGGCCAAGUUCGCAGCCAAGAAGGAGCUCGACGCGCAUCUUAGCAGAGAAGCACAGUUCAACAUCACCAACUUGGCGUACAGCAUACGAGGCAUGCCGGAGGAAGGCACCGAGUCGGAAGGCGAAGCGGGUGCGUCUGGCGCGGGUGAGCUAGGCGCCGACCACCACGCGGACCUGUUCUCGGAGGUUCAUCUGCACGAGAUAAGCCGCCUCGAAAAGCAACUCGAGCAGGCACACAAUGAGAACUCGCAGCUGUCCUCUUCACUCCGCCUGGCUCAGACCACGUCGGAGAGCGAGAGCGCCGCGGCGGGCGUGCUGCGAGCAGGCCUCACGCGGGUUUGCUCGCGCGUGUCUGCCUUGCACGCCCUGCAUGGAGACUGCGCGCCUCUGGAGGAUGACAAAGCCGAGGGUGGCGUGGCAGCGCGAGCGGCAAAAUGGCUGACAUGGUGGCGUGUAUCCGGUGGCGAACUGUCUGCACUCCUAGCCGCGCUGCGUGAGCUAGACGCACUUCCGGCUGACGGCUCUCCCGCAGCGCUGCAACGUGCGCAACUUGCGCAGCUCAGCGACAGAGUUGCGGAUGCGGAGUUGCGCUGCGCUGCGCUCCAAGUGGAUGCGGAGAUACUGCGCACGCUCGCGGGAGGUGCCGGCAGAGCGCUGGCAUCAGCUGCGCCAGCGUUGGCCUCCGCGGCAGAGGCGUUGGCAGGCGUGUACCACCACGUGUGCGCCGUCAACGGCACUCAACCCGAGCGGUUGCUGCUCGAGCACGCCGGACAGACAGAUAGUUCUGGAGGCGAAGGUCGCGGUGUGGAUGAAGAGGCGCUGGCACUGGCAGCGGGAGAGCUGGAAGGUCUGCGCGCGGCCGGCCAGGUGGCGCGCUAUGCGGACACGCUACUGGACCAGCUCACACACCUGCGGGCUGCCCUGGACACCGCGCUAGACUCGCGGCACCGCCACCAACCAGUAAUGGAGGCGGAAGAACGCGGCGCCGAGUUAGCCGAACUCCAAGAACAAGUGAUCAAACUCAAAUCCCUGCUGUCCACAAAGCGGGAACAGAUCGCGACCUUGCGUACCGUGCUCAAGUCGAACAAGAACACCGCAGAAGUUGCGCUGGCGAACCUCAAGUCCAAAUACGAGACAGAGAAGACAAUCGUUACAGAGACCAUGCUCAAACUGCGCAACGAACUGCGGUUGCUCAAGGAAGACGCUGCUACAUUCUCAAGUCUACGCGCUAUGUUCGCGGCGCGUUGCGAGGAAUACGUCACGCAAGUGGAUGAGCUCACGCAGGCGCUGUCGAGUGCAGAGGAAGAGAAGAGAACGCUCAACCAGCUGUUGCGCCUUGCCGUCCAGCAGAAGCUAUCGCUCACGCAGCGCCUCGAAGAGCUGGAGGUUGACCGCGAGAUGCGCACUCGCCGCGUCCCGAAGCCGAGUGGGGGCACGCGAGCGCGCGGACGGGAUUUCUAGCGGCUCGUGCGCGCGCUCAAGGCGGCCGCCGCCGCCCUGCGCGCGCUGUUGCACCGCCCCGCGCCGCUCGCCUCGCAG